UUUUAUUCAUAUUGUCAAAACGUUUCAAAAUUUAAGUGGGUAUUUCCCCGACGGAUUGUAGAUAUCUUAGGAUAUAUGGACACACUCCCAUUUUGCAUAUUACAUAAACAAGACAGUUUAUUUAGAGAGGAAAAUAUGUAUAGCGCAAGAGGUGGAGAGCUCCGCGCAGCCCCUUGGCGGAUUGAUUUACGCCCCAUUGACUCUUUAUCAGCCUCGCGAAAAAAGACUGACCAAUCAUUUCGCUCGAAGCGCACAACAUAGCAGCCCGGCUCUACUUUGUUGGCGAACGCUUAGAGACAGCGUCGUGGAAAGGGGGGGAAAGCCCAGUUCUUUGGUACAUGUUUUCCCUUCAAUGAACCGUACGUUGUAUAAUGUCCGAGAAUGUCCAUUUCUGGAACUCUAAGCAACUACUAUGUCGAUUCCAUCAUAAGUCAUGAGGGGGAAGAUCCGAGCGCUGCCCGAUUUUCCAGUGUACAGUAUUCCAGUUCUAGGCAGCCGGGAACCGGGGAGCAUCCCGAAUUCCCCUCGUGUAGCUUUCAGCCCAAGCCUCCUGUGUUUAGUUCAUCAUGGAGUCCUUUCAGUCCCCACGCGUCCAACGGCUUACCAGCGGUCUACCAUCCCUAUAUUCCAACGCAGCCCGUGCCUUCGUCGGACACCCGGUACCUCCGUACAUGGCUCGACUGUGCUCCGAGAGCGGAGUCACUGCCAGGCCAGAGCCAGGUCAAGAUGGAGCCACUUCUGGGACACCUCGGGGAACCCCCUAAACUCGGAGGACAACAUGAAUAUGUUUUGGAAUCCUCUUCUGCUCGGGAGAUGAAUUCCAGCCACGGCUCUGGAUUUGAAGACAGUAAGGACAUUUGCGACGGUAGCGAGGACAAAGAAGGACCAGAUCAAAACGAUCCAUCGGCCAACUGGUUACAUGCUCGCUCGUCCCGGAAGAAGCGAUGUCCUUACACUAAAUAUCAAACCUUAGAGCUCGAAAAGGAAUUUCUCUUCAAUAUGUACCUCACCCGGGACCGGCGACACGAGGUAGCUCGUCUGCUGAACUUGACAGAGCGGCAAGUGAAAAUUUGGUUCCAAAACCGAAGGAUGAAAAUGAAGAAAAUGAAUAAGGACCAGUCCAAGGAAUAAAGGGGAACAGCUCGGUUCCCAGUCUUUUCCCCCGUGAUAUCAACACAGUGCUUACCUAUGGAGGGUGAUACAAGAAGUGUUUUAUAGCGUACGUUUAACUUUGCAUUAAAAAAGAACUCAUUUCGGAGAUGCAGAUAAACAGAGUACUUAAACAUAAGUAUUCUUACUAUGCUACAUAGCGCAUGACAAAAACACUAGACAUUAACAUAUUAUACAAUGACAUCAUGUAAUACAUGCCUUCUCAUUUUUUUGUUUUUAAUUGUGUUACCAUCAUUCCCUAUUCAUGGAAAUAUAUCCAUAGCUACUUAUACGGUUAUAAAGUUUGUUAAAAUAAAUUCAGAGUUACCUAGACCUAAUAUUAUUGCUAGGAAGUGUUUUUUUUUGUGAUUGGGUGUUUACAACUUACACCCUUAGAGAAAUGGAUAGUUAUUAUUAUUAUUAUUAUUAUUAUUAUUAUUAUUAUUAUUAUUAUUAUUAACAACAACAACAACAACAACAACAACAACAACAAUAAUCUUAUUCUUAAGAAUUGCACAUUUUUUGUGCGAUUUAUUGAACAAAUAUUCAGGUAGCCAAUUGUUACUUUUGACUUUACCUUUUACUUUUUAGCCUUGUUAUGGUCUUAAUACUGGAAAACGUAAGUCCUCUCCUCCUUAGCAUCAAUUUGAUUAUGCUUAAAUCCAUAUAGCAAUCUCUUAUUUGGUCGAAUGCACUAACGUUUCUGUUUUGUUUAUUCUUUAUGUAAUUCUUCCGAGUUCAAGUUUGAUAUCCAUAUUCCUACGCAGCUUUACCUCAUGAGUUUGACGUGGAUAUAAAACACACCCUGGAGGAUAUGAGGGGAAACUGUGCUGCACAUCCUGCAUAGAAGUACUUGUAGUCUGCAUGACACAGUUAUAACCCAGAUCUCCCGCGUUAUGGUUCUCAAGCAAAACGUUGUGUAAAAGCAGGAUGCAAAACGUUUAGGUAUAAAUUGUACAGCCAUUUACCCCAGUAUAUUUUCAAUGUUGCCCCAGUUAUGAAGUGAAGGAACGAAUUAACUUAUAGACUAUAUUUGCUGGAUGUGUGUAAAUGUGUAGCUAGCUUGUCAGUAACAAAAUAAUUCGUCCAUAAAUAAAUGGAGCAUAACCUCAGCUGAAUACAAAUUCAGUCGCGUUUAUGUGUAUAAAUGUUUACAUACAUUAACGCAUGCCUUGUAUAGAUUUAGUUAUUCUCUUCUGUGAUUUAUAAAAUUAGAUAGUAGAAUUCAAAGUUAUUUUAUGUGUGAAAUUGGAUUACAAUUCUAAUUUAUUGUAAAUACGUUUAAUGGAUUUCUUUUCAGUGGCAUGCCCUUUACAUUGUGUGAAAAGAGGCUUUGAAGAGAUCUUAUACUUGAAUAAGCAGGUCGACGUUCUAUGUAAUUUCAGAUAUUGUUUACAUGUUGUUGUUCAAAAUGCGUUGAGAUUUGUGUUGUCAAAGGUAACUAUUAUGUUAUAAUGUAUUUGUUCGCUUGACAUUGUAUUGCUUUGCUUGUGCUGAAAAUUCAUGAUUAGACCUCCCAACACGUUUGCAUUUUCCUACUUUUCUCACCCAAAUGCGUGAGUUUUUCUGGAAUAUCAUUCGCGUCUGUCUGCAACUUUCAAGCCUCCUUCCAGUGCAAGACGCCAUUAACCUAUUCCAAACUGUAUCACAGUGACUAACAGACAGACUCACGGACACACAGACAGACGCGUGCACGCGCGCACACACCUAGAGCAUCCUUUGGCAUACUCUAAUUAUUCUUUUUUUCCUUCAAUGUAUUUGAUCAUUUAUAAUAUAACAUAGGAAAUUGCCUAGAUUUUGAAACGUGCUAUGAAACUUUUAGAAACAGAAACUCAAAAGUCGUUUUGUACUGCUCCCUUUUUCCUCCGUGCAACUGCACGGCAGAUGCUGGACUCGCAUUAAAAGUUUACAGAGAACAGA